UCUGUCCCUUUCCGGCCACCGUCGGCCCGGCCCAUGGGGCGGAGCUCCCGCCCGGGCACGCGUGGUGCAUUGUCAUGGCGUCGGCGCCCAAGCGGUUCAAGGCGGCGGUCGGGAGCGGCGCCCAGGGGAAGAGUAGUGCCGACCCCCUCGCCGGGUUCCUGGCAUGGUGCGGGCGGGCCGGGGUGGAGCUGAACCCCAAGGUCCGCCUGAGCAGGGAGGGCACGGUGGCGGGGUACGGGAUGCUGGCCGCCGAGGAGCUGCAGGCGGGAGAGGUGCUGUUCACCAUCCCUCGCACGGCGCUGCUGUCCCAGCACACCACGUCCAUCCACGCACUCUUGCAGGAAGCCCAGGAGUCCCUGCAGAGCCAGUCCGGUUGGGUCCCUCUCCUGCUGGCCUUGCUCCAUGAGUACACAGCCAGCAGCUCCCACUGGCAGCCGUAUUUCUCCCUCUGGCAGGGCUUCCGGAGCCUGGACCACCCCAUGUUCUGGCCACAAGAAGAACGAACAAGGCUCCUGCAGGGCACAGGCAUCCCAGAAGCUGUGGACAAGGAUCUAGCUAACAUCCAGCUGGAGUACAAUUCCAUCAUCUUGCCUUUCAUGGAGACCCACCCCGACAUCUUUGAUCCCAAAUUGCACACUCUGGAGUUGUAUAAGGAACUGGUGGCAUUUGUCAUGGCUUACAGCUUUCAGGAACCUUUGGAGGAGGAAGAAGAAGAUGAGAAGGGGCCCAAUCCUCCCAUGAUGGUUCCUGUAGCAGACAUUUUGAAUCAUGUGGCCAACCACAAUGCCAACCUGGAAUACUCUCCUCAAUGUUUGAGGAUGGUUACAACGCAGCCCGUGAGGAAAGGACAGGAGAUCUUCAACACGUAUGGGCAGAUGGCCAACUGGCAGCUGCUGCACAUGUACGGCUUCGCAGAGCCCUACCCCGGCAACAGCCACGACACAGCCGACAUCCAGAUGGUGACGCUGCGCAGGGCGGCUCUGCAGCGUGCCAAAAGUGAAGCACAGCAGCAGCUGGUCUCAGAGCAGUGGGACUUCUUGUGCCAGCUGGAGAUGGUGGGCGAGGAAGGUGCCUUUGUGCUUGGCUGGGAUGAGGUGCUGACAGAGGAAGAGCUGUCCAUGACCCUCAAGGUGCUCUGCAUGUCAGAAGAAGAAUUCAAGGAGUAUAAGGAGCAAGAUGGCUGGGAAGAUGACAGUGAGGAAGAAGAAAACUCUACCCUUUCAAAUGAGGCCCUCUCCAGACUUAAAACCCCUUGCAAGAAGCUCCUUUAUGACAGUGUGCUGCUGACCCUGGAGUCCUAUGGGGCAGACCUGAAAGCAGAGCAGGACUUGCUAAAUAACAAGGAGGCUUAUGAGAAACUGAGUCGAAGGGAGCAGCAAGCACUGCACGUGCGCUACGGACAGAAGAGGAUCUUGCAUCAGCUGCUAGAGCUGGUACAAUAGAAACCACAGUGCUCUGGCCAGGACCUGGCUGGGGCUGAUCCCGAGGGAAAGGUCAGCCUCUGGCCACCUCUUCUGCAGCAGAGAGGACAGACAGCAAGAGUGACUGCGGGUCCACUUGUCCCUCAUACAGCACAUGGAUUUUUAGCUACCUCUACGUAAAGAAGGAUCUUCACAGCACAAAGGUGGUUUUGAGUGGCCUUAGUGUACCAUGAGAGCUCAGGUAACACAAAUGCCACCUUUUUCCAGACGUUUUAAGAAACCCCAGCCAUCCUAAUGGCUGUUUUAGGAAGGCAGACACACUGCCAGAACAGCAGAGGAUUCCCUCAUUCAGCAUCAGAAGUUUAUGGCAAGAACUGCUCCUUGUCCAGAUUAAGAGGACAGAAAUCCAUCCAGCUGGUAGCUCUUACCUUAGAGAGGUUCAGAGUAAAUACCUGGCAGAUGGACCUGCUGACAACAGUAAACUCUUCAUCUGUACAUAUUUUAUGUUAAACAUGUUUGAGAGUACAAGUCCAUCUAGCUGGUCUUCAUGUAGGCUCAGUAUAACAAAUAUUUCCUUUUAUUUCCACAAAAGGUAUUUCUGUGUGGGCUUCAGACUAACUCAGGCCGAGCACUGUCACAGUUCCACAGCUGCUGCAGGCUGAGCAUUUGAUACACACCCUCUGCUUGAUGCAGUUCUACCCUGAACUCACUUUGGUUUUGCAUGACAAAACACUGAGAGUUGACAGGCCAAGCUGUAUUUAAUAAAAAUGAGUUUUCUUACCCA